UAAAAGGGCGACAUUGACUUCAGUUUCAGUCGCCGUCGACACAGAAAGUGAAAAUCCUUCGAAAACUUCGAAUCCAUGGUGGAGACCUCUAUGCAUGGCGCCAUCCACCGCAAAUUCUCCGGCGACCGGCCGAGUCGCACCGAAUGAAACCGACCUCCUCCACAUCCAAAACGAAGCAGAAGCCCUAGGGAUCUCAUCAGCGCCUUGCUGGACGCCGUGAUCCGCCACGUCUUCUCGUUUCUGCCCCUCUGAGAUGUCGUCAAGACCAGCGUCCUCUCCAAGUGCUGGCGGUCCACUUGAACCACCAUUGCCCACCUCGUCUUCGAUGGCGGAGGGAUUGAAGACCGGCCUCGCGGUACCUUGGGCUUCUUGUCCCUCGUCAAGAGCGUCUUGAGCCAGUGCACCUCGCUCAUGGUGAAGAGGUUCCACGUCAGCAGUUUCAAGUACGAGAAGCCCCACCGCUGCACAGUCGACCUCUGGCUCCGCUUCGCGGAGCGUCGCCGCGCGGAGGAUCUCUGCCUGAGGUUGAAUUUCCUUCCGCCGACCUUCCAUAUACUGCCGCGGUUCUUGUAUUGCUCAAGUUGGGUGGUGUGCCUGGAAGUCAGCUGCUGCAAUUUCUCAUUGGGUAGGACUAGUAGCUGGCCUUGCCUUAAGGUCCUGUUGAUCGAAUUUUCAGAUUUGAGGGAUGAUAUCCUUGAGGGAAUUUUCAGGAAUAGUCCUGUUCUAGAGUCUGUUCAGUUGCGCAAGUGCUGUGGUGUGAAUAACAUUAUGAUAGAUUCAACGAGUGUGAAAGAGUUUGUACUCGCCGGCCUCAGUUCAUAUUGCACGACCAAAAUUUGGGCCCUGAAUUUGCUGUUGUUGCGAGUAUCAGGGGGCUGGUGUCAUCGUGCUGUCUUCAGACUUGACGAUAUAUCUUCUUUGGUGGAAGCCGAGUUAGAUUUCAACAUUACAACUGAUUUGUCUGGUGACGAGAGGGUUUGCUGUGACUUGUUGAAGGAAGUUCUUGAGAAGCUGCACGGAGUUCCUCCAAUCACCAUUGGCGGUUGGUGUUUGCAGAUUCUGUCCCUUUUGGAGAUGGAAGGAGUGCCAUCUCCAUUGUCAAAAUGUCAGAAUCUGAUACUACAUGCACCAGUUAGUCCACGGGACCUUCCUGGGAUAGCAUACAUGCUACAAAGUUCACAGUGCCUGGAAAAGUUUGUCAUAAGCCUGACUGACUUCCCCCUAUCGGUGCUUUGGAUUGACAAAGAAUUUAAAGAACGCAUUAACUUUGAUGAAGAAGAAGAUUUUUUGUGUUCACAAAAGGGGAACUUUCGGUGUUUGGCGAAACAUCUCAAGAGAGUUGAGAUCACCGGCUUUGAAACUGAUAGAUAUGGGUUGAAACAUCUGCUCGCCCUGAUUAAGUUGCUUCUUGGUGAUACAUUGGCGCUGGAGAAGAUGAUUAUCAAGGCUGAAUUGUGCACACGACAUACCGCCGUUCAUCCGGAACUACUUGGUGUGAGCCGAACUGUGCUAAGCUAUCGAAGAGCUUCAAAAAAUACUGAAGUUAUCUUCAAUUAUCCUUUCAAAUAGGUGUCCUCAUAAAAGAUGAAUAUCCGGGUUUCUCUUUGAUCUCAUGGCAAGGGUAUGUCGCCCUGAGCACCGCACUGCUCAUUUAUAUUCACUCUCUUUUGACAGUAAAGUUACAUAUAGUAUGACAAUAUUAGGUUUUUGACAUGUAUCUAGUUUGCACUUGUUUCAAGUUUUACUUAGUUGUACAUAUGAACCUCUUUAAGGAAAGUGGUUAAUAUUAGUGUUUUAAAUUAUCAACA